CCACCCCCUGGAACCGCACCCCCUCCCUCUCUUCCUUCCUCCACACCCCUGCCCAACCCACAGUUGUCUCUGCCCUGUCCUUCACACUGCAGCCAGCCCUCCCACCCCCCCGCUCCCGCCACCUACCCCCCACAGUAGCAGCCGCGGGAGGGGAGAGGCAGGGCAGAGGGUGGUGCUCUGCUGGCGGGGUUCUCUGCUGGCAGGGUUCUCUGCUGGCGGGGUUCUCUGCUGGCGGGGUUCUCUGCUGGCGGGGGGCGGGUAGGGAGCGAUCUGGCGCGUCUAGCGGUGUAGAAGCAACUUCUCCCGCCGCUCCCAACACCCCCGCCACUUCCGCCACUCCCUUCACAGCAGCUGCGAAGUCGAUGGGAGGGCGGGCGGGGAAGAGGUGUGACUGGCGGAUGCUGGCGCUGGCGGCCGCCACUCCGUUCCCCCUUUCCUCUUCGCCCCCACUGCGCCCGUCGCUGUUUCUGCACCACGGAGCCGCGACGAGGCAGCGUGACGGCGGCGGGUCCAUUGGCGGGCUCGCUCGCGGGCCCGUUGGCGGGUUCGUCGGUGGGCUUGCUGGCGCUCUCGUUGGCGGGUCCAACGGCGGGUCCGUCGGCGGGUUUGCUGGCGGGUCCAUCAGCGGGCUUGGUGGCGCUCUCGUUGGCGGGUCCGACGGCGGGUCCGUCGGCGGGUUUGCUGGCGGGUCCGUCGGCGGGCUUGCUGGCGCUCUCGUUGGCGGAACUGACGGCGGGUCCGUCGGCGGGUUUGCUGGUGGGUCCUUCGGCGUGCUUGCUGGCGGGUCCGAUCCUGGCGUUCCUGGUGCGUUCCUGGCGUGCGCGGUGGCGUGCGUUGCUGGUAGUGCGCGGGCGACGGGCUGA